AUGUCUUCAAUCACAAUCGGAUCGGCAGCUGCCGCAUCCCUUCUGAACCACUACGAGCAGAACAACAACAACAACAACAAUAAUAAUAAUAGUAAUAAUCAGUCGCACAUCCUUCCACCACCUUUGACGGGCGCUGCGCAGCAACAACAAACACAAACAAAAAAGGAGUAUCAGAGUUCCAUUGAGCCGAGGUUGCAAUCGCAGACUGCGCUUCCAUCGGCAUCAUAUUCGUCGAAUUCUUCCUCAUCCGCGAGCCUUGCGGGGCGCUGCGCCGCUAGCAGCAAGACUUCGCGCUCGCCUUCCGCCGCAGGUCCGUCCGUCAUAUUGCCGCCGCUGGGCGCAUCCCAGGUCGGUGCCGACCCCGCUCAGCCCGGUUCUACCGCCGCAGGCUCCUGCGCCACGGCGCCGCAGAGCGCAGGCGCGGGCGCGCAGUACGGCAUUCCCGCAAAGCCUUCGUACCCUUCUUCGGGUGCUUCCUCGUCCACUUUGCCUCCACUUUUCAAGCUGGUCAUGGACUCGACACUCCCGAUGAUGAGCUAUCCAACGCCGGGGCAGCCGCAGGUGCAGCAGACGCAGCAGCAUGGUCAGCAGCAAGCGCAGCAACAGGUGCAGGCGCAGGCGCAACAGCUUGCGCAACAGGCCGGUGACACCCUGCGCGCAUCCACGCCCUCACCGCAAUACCGGUACCCAAUGGCGAUGCCGCAGUCAGCCAUGUACUUUGCGCCAAUGCAGCAGCUCCCUACACCACCGCAACAACAACAACAACAGCAACAGCAGGUGCAGCGCUCGCAAUCUGCGCAGCCCACACAACAGGCGCAACCAGGCCAGUCGUACCAGCCAUUCCAGUUGAUGAAUUCCGGUAUUCGUGGCCUGGGCCAGCGCCCACUAUUCUCCCCUGGUUCGAGCCAGUUCUCGCUCUCAAGACUAACAAGCCCAACACACGGAAAUGCUAUGGCGCGGUUCUCGUAUCCGGCUGCAACACUGGGACAUUCCGGCGGAAUUCUGGGUGCAGGGUUGCCGAGCGCAGGGACGAUGGCGCUAAACGGCGCUGGACCCGCAGACAGCGGCAGGAAGCGCAAGCGCGUUGGCGCCAGCGCGGUGUCAGGCGCCCGCAAGAAAAGAGAGUGCCCCAUCUGCCACAACUUCUACUCGAACCUCACCACUCACAAAUCCAUCCACAACAAGGGCUCAAAGCCCUAUAGCUGCCCCACGUGCAUGCGCGCCUUCAAGCGGCUCAACGACUUGAUUCGCCACGAAAAGUGCCACCGCUCAAAAGAAGGAUUCUGGGAAUAUCAAUGCCCAUUUCACCCGGGACCGAAUUCCAAGGCGGUGCGCGGUGAACUCUGCCACCAAACUGGUUGCUUUACGAGGUGUGACACGUACAAAAACCACCUAAAGGCAAUCCAUUUCCAAUACCCACCCAACACGAUGAAAAGCGAGCGGUCAAAAGUUAGUGGGCACUGUAAAGAGUGCGGAAUGUACUUUAAGAGUGUCCAGGAUUGGCUGAAGUUGCAUAUAGCCACUGGUGCAUGCCCACGGAUUAUUGACAGGGGCAGUCUUGCCCAUAAAUAG